UGAGAGUGAGCACACCCGUCGCUCUCCCGCUCGGCACUGUCGUCCCCCACACAGCGACGAUGGCCGUCCUGCUCCGGCGCGCGCCGGCGGUGCUGCUGAGUCUGACGCUGCUGCUGACCGCAGCGGCCGGCUACCCCGACGUGCAGUCCCGCCCGCUGGUCGCCACGCGAGAGGGCAUCGUCAGGGGCGUGGCGCGGCGCAGCGCCGCCGGCGGCCUCUUCUUCGGCUUCAAGGGGAUCCCGUACGCGCGCGCGCCGCUCGGGCCACUCCGCUUUCAGCCGCCGCAACGCCACCCGGGCUGGGCGGACGUGCUGGACGGCCUCAAGCACGGCCGCACGUGUCUGCAGUACAACGCCUUUAAGAACAACAGUCUGGAGGGCGACGAGGACUGCUUGUUCGCCAACGUGUACACGCCGCAGCUGCCGGCGCUGGAGAGAGCCGUUGGAGGUUUGCCAGUCAUGGUUUUCAUCCACGGUGGUAGCCUCACGAUGGGCAGCGGAGACGAGGAGAUAUACGGACCGAACUAUUUCAUGGACGAGGCUGUGGUGCUGGUGACCUUCAACUACCGACUGGGACUGUUCGGAUUCUUCACGGCACACGAUAAGAACGCUCCCGGCAACUACGGUCUGCUGGACCAGGUGAUGCUGCUGCAGUGGGUCCGGGAUAAUAUCGCCAGAUUCGGCGGAGACCCCGCUGCGGUGACCGUUUUUGGCGAGUCAGCGGGAGGGGCCAGUGUCUCGCUUUUGGUGCUGAGCCCCCUGGCGAAAGGUCUGUUUCACCACGCCAUCAGCCAGUCAGGUACGGCAUUCGCAAACUUUGCAGCAGGUGGCAAGGCGAAGGAUUUCACUCAGAAGUUUGCAGAGCAGCUCAAUUGCUCUGCCGACGAUGUUUCCAUCAUGGUUGAGUGCGUAAGGAACGCCCCCUCCGAGGAUCUCAUGGAGGCCAAAAAGAAAGUAAGCCUGCAGGAGGCGCUUUUUCAUCCACGGGUGGACCACGAAUCGGAAUCGCCGCUGCUGCCAAAGGAUCCGCGUGAUCUCAUCAAGAAUGGGGAAUUCAACCUGGUUCCAUGGAUGAACGGCAUUGCGGAAGAGGAAGGAGCACUGCUUGCUCGGUUUUUUUCUCCAAAACAAAUCAGUGGCGGAAGGUGUGUUUUCAGGAAAUCCCAUCACAUGGGGCAUCCUAACUGGCUUGAUUAGCGAGUCCGGGGCCAUUCCCCUGGACUGUGGAUCGGACUCAAACGUGGAGAUCGCCAAAGUGAUUGACUUCUACAUCGGCAAUGACACACUCAGCCAUACCAACCCUCUGCCGUUCGUUCGAGCUGUAGGAGACCGAGUAUUUCUUGCUCCCAUGUCGGAGGAGGUGCGUCUCGCGUCACUCCACGCGCCGGUCUACAAAUAUGUGCUGGAUUACAGAGGACCUGGUCGCCUCUCCGCCGCCGAGCUGUUUGGAAUUGAUGCACCGAUCAUGGAUCCCUCGCACGGCGAUGACUUGGUGUACCUGUUCAGCAACGCAAAGCAGGCAGCGUACCCAGCCGACUCGCCGACCUACACCAUGAUCCGCUUCAUGGUGAGCCUGUGGACGAGCUUCGCUCGCACCGGUCGGCCCAGCUCAACCGUCCUGCCGACGCCCGACUGGCCUGUCUUCACCGAGCAGAGCCAGCGCCACAUGCGGCUCAAUGCGGAGCC